AUGAGACUAUCACCGCCGGAGCAAUGCCACAAAAGCACCCGGUGCGAGUCCGCCAACACCAAAUUCUGCUACUACAACAGCUUCAGCCUCUCCCAGCCCAGGUACUUCUGCAAGGUCUGCAGGAGGUACUGGACCAAGGAGGCUCCCUCAGGAUUCAGGAACGUCCCUGUGGGAGGUGGCUGCAGAAAGAUCAAGAAACACCACCUCUUCUCUUCUUCUUCUUCUUCUUCUUCCAACAAGAGACCACCACGAGAUCAAUCAAACAAAACUAAGUCACCGGUGUCUGCUACUUACGAUCAGAAUGAACUCUCCUUCGCUUUUGCAGAUUUCCAGGAAGAAAUCCAGUCAAUGGUUUCGCCCUUCCCAGAUUUCAAUGAAGAAACUACAAGAACGGUUCUGAAAGGUACUACUUAUCCGGUGAACGGUAGCCGUGUCUCUGGCAAGUGCAGCUGGGAGGAGGCUGAGAUGCCGACGCAGCUCCAAUGGCAGAUUGACGGUGAGGAUCUGACGUUAGAGAGUGUCGGAGAUCAAUGCUGGAACGAGUUUGGUUCCGUAGCUUGGCUUAUCUGA